AUGCCAGAGAGAGGACGCAGCGGCGGUAGGGGGCCACUUUCCGUCAAGCUUCGCCGGCGUAUUGUAUCCUGUAAGAACAAUUGCAUCGCCGAUGAAGAACUCGUUGAUCACCUCCGUAAAUCUUUUCGGGCGGACUAUUAUAACUUACAGCUACAGCCGUUCACCAGUCAGGUUCAAAAUAUUCUCCAAUUGAUUAACCCUCCGAUAAAGAAGCCAAAAACAGACAGUACUGAGCAGAUUUUGGAUGGUGAUGGAGAAUUGUCGACUCUAGCGAGCAUCUCUGAAAGUGAUGACUCUUACUCUUGCGGAGAAAAGCCCGAUUUAAUGCAGAUUAUGCUUCGAAAUACUUAUAAUCAGAAGGCAAAUAGUAUUCCCAAGUCAAAAAAAAUUGAAUACGAUGCAAAUAGCAUUUCCAAGUCAAUAUUUUUUGAAUACGAUGUGAUUCAUGAUAGCAAUGAGGAUGGAAAGGGGAAGAAGAUUGAUGUGGUGAAAAGGGAUUUGUCGAAGCUACUAGGGAUUGGUGAUAGUGAUAGGAAUUGUGGGACAAUGUUUAAAGAUUUGGGCGGAAUGGAUGAGGUGUUGGAGGAAUUGAAGAUGGAUAUUAUGGUUCCGCUGUACCAUCCUCAGGCGACAAGGUAUCUCGGAAUUAGGCCUGUGUCAGGAGUACUUUUCCAUGGACCACCCGGGUGUGGGAAAACAAAGCUAGCUCAUGCUAUUGCAAAUGAGGCUCGAGUUCCAUUCUACAAACUUUCUGCUACUGAGUUGGUCUCUGGAGUUUCAGGUGCAUCAGAAGAGAACAUAAGGGAACUGUUCUUAAAAGCACACAGGACGGCACCAUCUAUUGUGUUUAUUGAUGAGAUUGAUGCAAUUGCUUCCAAAAGAGAAAAUGCACAGAGAGAAAUGGAGCGGCGCAUAGUAACACAGCUGAUGACAUGCAUGGAUGAGUCACAUAGACCUGUAAAACCUGAUGAUAAUGCAAAGGGAACUACUUUACCUACUGAUAAAAAAAAUACUGAAGCAGAAUCAGAUGAUGAACCUGGUUAUGUCCUAGUAAUUGGGGCCACAAAUAGACCUGAUGCUAUUGACCCAGGAUUGAGGAGGCCAGGAAGAUUUGACCGUGAAUACGCCUUGGGUAUUCCAGAUGAAAAUGCAAGGAUGCAGAUUUUGUCUGUGCUUACUCGUAACCUAAGAGUUGAAGGUGCAUUUGAUCUCAUGAAGAUAGCUACAUCAACCCCAGGAUUUGUUGGAGCAGACUUGGCUUCUCUAACUAAUAAAGCAGGUAACUUGGUACUGAAGAGAAUAAUGGAUGCGAGGAAGGUUGAGCUUUCAAGAGAAUCGGUAGAUGGUGAAGAUGCCGAAGAAUGGUGGAGAAAGCCAUUGUCACCGGAAGAGAAAGAAAAGCUCAGCAUUAACAUGGCUGAUUUUGAGGAGGCAGCUAAAUUGGUUCAACCCUCAUCUAGAAGAGAAGGUUUCUCCGUUGUCCCAAAUGUAAAGUGGGAAGAUGUUGGAGGCCUUGAUCCGUUAAGACAUGAAUUUGAGCGUUACAUUGUCAGGCGUAUAAAGAAUCCUAAAGAUUACAUGGGUUUUGGAGUGGACUUGGAAACAGGAUUCUUGCUUUAUGGUCCCCCAGGAUGCGGUAAAACAUUAAUUGCCAAGGCUGUUGCUAAUGAAGCUGGAGCAAAUUUUAUACACAUUAAGGGACCUGAGGUUCUGAACAAGUUUGUUGGUCAAAGUGAGCUAAAUAUUCGGACAAUAUUUAACAAUGCAAGAACAUGUUCUCCAUGCAUUGUAUUUUUCGAUGAGAUGGAUUCAUUGACAACUGAGCGUGAUAAGGAAGAAACUGGGACCGUUGAAAGGAUUUUGACUCAGCUACUAACAGAACUAGAUGGUGGUGAAGAGAGAAAAGGUGUUUAUGUGAUUGGUGCCACAAAUAGGCCUAAUGUCAUGGAUAAAGCUCUUCUUCGACCUGGAAGGUUAGGGAGACUCCUAUAUGUCCCUCUACCUACUCCAGAUCAGCGUGUACUGAUUUUAAAAGCCCUUGCCCGGAAAAAACCUAUAGAUUCUAGUGUCGACUUGGUGUCCAUUGGAAGAGACAAUGCCUGUAAAAGAUUAAGUGGAGCAGACCUAUCCUCACUGAUGAAUGAAGCUGCAAUGCUUGCACUUGAAGAUAAUUUGGCAGCCAUAGAUACAGGUUGUGGUGACACAUCAUCGACUAUCAAGGAGUCACAUUUCAAAUGGGCUUUGAAGAAAAUUUCUCCGUCUGUCUCCAAGGAGCAAAUAAAAUACUAUAAGGAUUUUAGAAAAGAUUUCAGAGCAGCAUAA